UAUUAAUAUAAACAGAAAAUAAAAACGCACUUAAUCUGAUAUAAAUUCUUCACUUUCCAAUAUUGAUUAUCAGUUUGAUUUUGUAUACAUAACCUCACUAUCGCAGUUUAUGUCAAUAAAUCUUUAUUAACGAAAAAGAAAAUAUUUUUGUUGCACUAUAAAUUACGGUAUAAAUUAAUAACUAAUGAAUUCUAACAAAUGUAUUCGGUUAUUAUCACUACAAAAUAUAAUAUUCAAGUUUAACAAAAUAAUCUCAUAAGACUCAAUAUUAAAACGUCCUUACAAAAUCUGACAGCGUGUCACGUGACUGUAAGUAGAGGGGAGACGCACGGAGCCAAUACUACUAAAAUGUAACCUUUUAGGGCUCUAUUAGUCUAGGUAACUGGUGGCGCAACUAGUGGCGCAACUGGUGGGCCCACCAAGUUGUGAGCACGGGCAACUGGUGGCCGAGAAUAGCCACCAAUAAAAAUAAUAAAACUCAUAGUGAAUGUUGUUUAGUAGUUUAGUUGAGAAUAUGACAUCAAACGAGUCGAUGCUUCUUCUUGCCCUUUUAUUAAGAAAGAAAAAGAGAGUUAGAAGGACUCGAAAAAUACAUAUACAUACAAUGUUAGCUUCUAGAGAAGAAAAAGGGAUGUAUUAUACGUUAUUUCCUGAACUUUGUGCCGAAGAAGUAAAUUUUUUUCGGUAUUUUCGCAUGUCAAAAUCGUCAUUUUUGGAGCUCUUCAACUACAUUAAAGAAGACAUACGUGGAAUUGAUACAAAAACGAAGAAAUGUAUUCCACCUGAAGAAAAGCUGGUAGUGACUUUAAGCUAUUUAGCAACAGGAAAUUCGAUGACCAACUUACAAUACCAAUUCAGGAUAAGUCAGCCCUCAAUAUCUGUAAUUGUAAGACAAGUGUGUGAUGCAAUAUGGAAAAAAGUUAGACCAAUAAGUUUUCCUGAUUUUAAUGAGACAUUUUGGCUGACAACAGCAAAAGAGUUCUACGAGAGAACUAAUUUUCCCCACUGCUUAGGAGCAAUCGACGGGAAACAAGUGAGAGUUAUUAAGCCCGAGGCUAGUGGCUCUUUAUAUUACAAUUAUAAGAACUACUUUUCCAUAUCGCUACUAGCAAUAUGUGAUGCAUCGUACAAGUUUACUUUUAUAGACGUAGGAGCAUAUGGAAAAUCAUCAGAUUCUACAGUCUUCAAAGAGAGUACAUUUUACAAGAAACUUGAACAGAAUUUGCUAAAUAUUCCUGCACCACAGUUAUCCUUUCACGGAUUUUCAGAGCCGAUGCCUUUUGUCUUUGUAGGUGAUGAAGGAUUUGGAUUGUCAACGAAGAUACUUCGACCUUAUGGAGGAAAAUGCCUUACCAUUAAGAAACGUGUGUUCAAUUAUCGACUGUCCCGAGCGCGGAGAUAUAUUGAAUGUUCCUUUGGCAUACUCGCAAAUAAAUGGCGGAUUUUUCAUCGGCCUCUUAAUGUAGAUAUAACUUUAUGUGAGUCAAUAAUAAAAGUAUGCUGUGUUUUACAUAACUUUGUAAGAGAUAGGGAUGGAUUUCAUACAGAAGAUACUCUAAAAAUAGACGGUUUGUUUGAUUCAACUCUUGUAAAUGAACCAUCACAGAAGAAUGCAACUGUGCUAAGAGACAAAUUUGCUGAAUACUUUCUAAGUGAAGCAGGAGCUGUUCCAUGGCAAAUGGACCGUAUAUGAAUUGAAAAAUGUAUAAUAUGGAAGAGUAACAUUAUCUAUUGCUUCACAGCUUGUGAAUAUUUUAUGAAAUAUUUUUACUAAAUGUGUAUACACUAUAAGUAUUUGUAAUCAUAGAAGUUCAGAAAAUAAAAUUAAUUAUUAAUGAAAAUUUUACGGUUUUCUGUCUACCAAUAAAACAAC